CAGACUCUCCAGACUUACUCUAAUUGCAUUAGCGUGUGUCUGCACUUUUCCCUCUCUGACAUGAAGGGGCGAGCUGGGUUUUUCCUUCUCUCUGCUUGUAAAUGGUACCCUUAAAGUUCUGAGUGGAUCCAGUUGACUAAAUGAGCAGAAGUGGCAGAAUCCAAGUGUAAAGAUAUUAUCAAAGUUAGGUUACCAUGUGGCAGUUUUGGACGAUGCUCCUCUUGGCCUUGAUGUCCCGAGUAACCACGGUGUUCUGCCAAAGUGGAGACAGUGACUGGGGUUCAGGCUUUGACAUCUACCCUCCCUUAAUGGCCACCAAUAACACGUUGAAGGCCUUUGAUGAUGAGCCUGAAAAUGUCAAAAACAGCUAUCUAUUAGCCUCGCCAUCAUCGCCCCCCUUAUUCCACUUUGAGCCCCAACCAGAUGACUGCUCAGUCCACUUCAGCACGAAUGGAGCAGUUUCAGCUCGAAGGCUGAAGGCAUUUGAAGAAGAGCUGGACUUUCUACGGGCCAUCCAACAUAGAAACAAGGUGGUGAUGGAGAACUUGGAGCAGUUUGUGGGUUCAGAGCUGGGGGAUCAGAAAUAUGAAGAUGUGAUUAAAGAAAAUGUCAUUAGCGUUCAGGAAGAGCAUAAGGGCUGCAAUGAAGAUUUGGAGAAAGCUGAAGAAGAAUUGAAAAAUCAGCUGAAGGGAGAUGGCUUUGCCGUGAUGCAGAAAGUAAGAGAAGAGUCUGUGGUCUUUGAAGAGAUGCUUCGUGCUGCAGCAGACAUUGCCAGCAGGUUGGAGAGGUCAUCAAAAGCACUCCAUGCUUCAUUUACUCAGCAGCAGAAGACGUUAUCAGAAUCCACCACUAGGAAAAGGAUGAAAUCAAUUUGAAAAUUAAAUAAUUACACAAACUGUUUUGUUUCCAGAAUGACAGACAUUUUUGUGUGUGUAUGUUUUUGUGACUGAGAUGCAGCAAUAUGUCUUCUGAACCUUUAACAGACUCAUGUUAGUAAAGGAAAUGUAUUGCUAAAGAAAGUGAUAAAAGCUAAAAGAAAGGGGAGGUUUUAGAAGUUGUCUUUUCAAGGAAAAACAUAAAGUCAAAUCUUGUUGAAUAUUAUCUUAAACUCAGGUUUUCUUUGAGAGGUAAAUGGCAACAGUGUGUGGUGUGAGAUUGAGCCAAGUCUAAUAUUUAUGUAUAAAAAAAAAACAGUAUGAAAGUGAACGACUCCAUCUGGUUCCAGGGUAAGAACUGAGUUCAUGAAACAUAAAGAAUAAGAUAUUUGUUAACCUAGACUGUUUUAUUUUUCAGCAGUUAUAAAGAAGAUCUUGUUACAUACUGAUAACUCAGCUAAUACCUUGCCAAAUAAAAUUUACCAGCAACAAAUUGAACUCCCACCAAUUUAGGUGAUUUGUGCUAGAAAUACCACUGACGUCUAAUGGACUAAUCACCUGACCAGAGUGUACCCCACCUCUCACUCACUCACUGACCACUGGAGAUACCAGCUCCAAACAUCUCCACCCCACCCUGAGACCAAGCAAAGAGAAGCUGGACAAUGAAUGAAUGGAUAAAAGCUCUACAUCCUGAUGCUUGUUUUAAGAUGCAGGUUAUCUUUAUUACAAUGAUAUAAUGAGAAAUAUAUUAAAGUGUAUAUAAAUGCAUAGGGUUUAGUUGUAAGGGUGUUUAUUCUAUAAAAUACAUGUGAUAAUCUAAAACCUUUUUUCAAAUUUUUCCUCAGAUAUGUGACAUUAUCUCUGUCUCUAGUCUCUCUCUUCAGUGAAAAACAAAAUGCUAUUUGCUAUCUAUCAGAACUCAAAACUUUGGAUGUAUUGAAGAAGACAUUGUAAAGACUACAUCACAUUUGCAUACCAGUGAAACAUUUUAAGACCACAAAUAUGGGUACUUUAUGUUUUUAAUCAAAAAAUACAUACCCAUC